AAUUAGUAAGGUUGCUGAACAUCCCCGUAAGAUUAUGCUUUUGGUAAAAGCAGGGUCUGCAGUUGAUGAUUUCAUCGAGAAAUUGAUUCCUCAAGGGGAUAUUAUUAUCAACGGUGGCAAUUCCCACUUUCCUGAUACCAUUCAUCGAGCACAGUAUUUGGAGUCGAAAAGAUUCUUAUUUGUUGGUUAUGGUGUAUCUGGAGGUGAAGAUGGAGCUCGUUACGAUCCUUCCCUUAUGCCUGGUGGAUCUGCAGUUGCUUGGCCUCAUCUGAAACUAAUCUUUCAAUCAAUCGCCGCUAAAUCGGAUGGUGUACCAUGUUUGUGA